AUGCAGGUAUUCCGAGAUCGCGAACUUGAUCGCAUCCUCAUCAGACAAAAAGACGAGCACCAAACCAACACUCGAAACUCAGCCACAUGCGAUGCCCGCUCAGGCUCAGAGCAUCCUUUUGCAAACUACUGGACCAGCCGCGGAGGCCUCGCUGAAGUCGUUGGAGUGUUACCCGCCAAGGAGCAGGCUGACAUUCUUGUCGACAAGUACUUCGAUGCAGUCGACCCGGUGUAUCCCAUGGUGCAUCGGCGCAACUUCUAUGCCGAUUAUGAACGUUUCUGGUCGCUGCCACCGGAAGAGAAGCAGGUCGCUGAUCCGGUGCUGGUAGCACUGCACUUUGUUGUGUAUGCCAUGGGCACGCAAUUCAUUCAUACGCCGUCGAACCAAGAGAGGGCGCCGAUUGCAGAGUUCUACGUCUCAGCAGCACAACAGGCUUUGCGAUUGUCGUCGUAUCUCAGCCGGGCUUCAGUGCGGACACUGCAGGCGAUGGUGCUAAUAGGGUACUUCCUCAUGAACGACAACCAUGCUUCCGAUGCAUGGGCCUUUGGAGGUGUUUUAGUAAGACAGGCAUACGCCAUGGGCCUGCAUCGCGAUCCAGAUACCAUUGCUCCUCGAUGUUCACGAAGUGACAAGCAACAGCGACGGAAACUCUGGCAAGCCAUUUACUUCCAGGAUACCUUCCUCACAGUGCUACUCAAACUCCCACCCACUACCACCUUCUCCGACAUCCAGCCAGAGUCGCUGGGCGAUGAACUUGACGACUACGUGCCGAAUGGUGCUUCAACCAACGGCGCCGCAGACGCUGUGAUCAAUCCCAUGAGUAUUAGCAAUAUUGCCAGCAUAACUGAUCUGUACCCUCCGUACGAACUUUCAGAUCGCAGAUAUAUCCGGUCCAUGUGGCAUAUGGCCAACCUCGUCUCGCGGACUGUCUGUACUCCGCGCUCCCUAGGCACGCCACUCACGACCUCCAUCGAGCACAAAGAACAACUCGUAAAUGAGUUCUUCGCGCUCCAUCAAAGCUUCCCAGAAGCGCUGACUACCUCGGACGAUCUUGCGAUACGCGAGAUGGCAGAGUUGAAUGCUCGUGGACUGCGGCAGAAUCUGUUCUUCCGGAGCAAUUUCUGGCACUGCGUCAUGGCUAUACAAGCCGACGAGAAUGCCCCAGGAGGCGUAGUGCCAGAUGUCAAAGGCGCGCUUGAGGCGGCGAGGAUGGCGUUGCAGGCGUUCUUCCAUUUCUGGGAGUACCUCAAGACGGAUGCGAGUGUGUGGUGGGUGUUCCAGCAUCGGGCUUUUGAGGAAGCUCUCGCGAAGGAUGAUGCGCGGAAAUGCCUGGAGAUACUGGAUUUGGUGGGCAUUGCGCCUGAGAUGCAGAAGACGAGGACGGAGGUUUUGAGGACGGCAUUUGCGGAUAUCCUAUGGUAA